AUGGGUUGUAUAGGAUUUGACCAGCACUGUAGGAACUUAGAAAAAUUUAUGGGUAAACCACCCACACAUUAUGAUGUUUUGAUGAAGACACAUGGCACUCCUGAAUCGAAGAAAAUAUAUUUUGAGGGAAAUCAUGAAAAUCUCGAAUAUUGCUCACAGACGGCCAAAGAAGCACAUGAGACAUAUCUGCAGGGGUUGGUCAACAAAUACGGUGAAGAUCCUGCAAACCAUAAGGAUGAUGUAGAUGUAUGGGACGAAAGUCAACCUAGAAGAAAAGGAAAGAAGAAGGGUGCUACCUAUAGGGUAGGAGCAUCAGAUAUACAUUUUUUGGUUUUACGGACUCCAUCUUCCCAAUCCGCCUAG